UGACGUCAGCGGUUCGCCACGGCGACACGGUGUGUCGUAGUGAGAGAUGACGUGAUCAGGAAAAAAAGCUGUCCGUUACCGGGAGGAAGAGGGCAAGCGUCCUGCUCAGGACAGGUGACUCACCAUGACGACAGAGCUAGGUGAAGCCCAGCCCACAGAGGCGGAGUCUUUCCCUGAAGCUGCCAACCACUCCACACCGAAACAGGGUGAGAAGGGUGGGGUGUCCCAAGCUCAGGGCUCCUUGGCAGAGGACUCAGCCAGUAACCUGUCGUCAAGCAGCUGGAUUGCUCGCUCUCCUGCUAGAAACCCACUGAGCUUUAGAACAAUGCAGGCCAGAGUGACCCUGCUAGAUGGCUCCAUGUUCACCUGCACCGUGGAGAAACGAGCUCGAGGUCUGCAGCUGUUUGAGAAGGUUUGUGAACACAUAAACCUGCUAGAGAGAGACUACUUCGCUUUGUCCUUCAGAGAUGCUGACAAUAACAAGAACUGGUUGGAUCCAGGAAAGGAGAUGAAGAAGCAGGUCAGAGGUGUUCCCUGGAACUUCUCUUUUAAUGUGAAGUUUUACCCUCCUGAUCCUGCACAGCUGUCUGAGGACAUCACCAGGUACUUCCUGUGUCUCCAGCUCAGACAGGAUAUAGUUUCUGGUCGUCUUCCUUGUUCGUUUGCAACUCACACCAUCCUCGGCUCCUACACAGUCCAAUCAGAGCUUGGAGACUAUGAUCCCGAUGACUGUGGUGCAGACUACAUCAGUGAAUUGUGCUUUGCUCCGAAUCAAACUAAAGAAAUGGAAGAGAAGAUCACAGAGCUGCACAAAACCUACAGAGGAAUGACUCCAGCUGAAGCAGAGAUGCAUUUCCUGGAAAAUGUAAAGAAACUUUCCAUGUAUGGAGUCGACCUCCAUCAUGCAAAGAUGAUAGGAAGCGGCUUUGUUUGCCUGUCUUCAGCUAAGUCAGAGGACUCAGAGGGUGUGGCCAUUAUGCUGGGUGUGUGCAAUAGUGGUCUGCUGGUCUACAGAGAUAGACUGAGGAUCAACAGGUUCUCGUGGCCAAAGAUCCUGAAGAUUUCGUACAAAAGAAACAACUUCUACAUCAAGAUCCGACCAGGAGAGUUCGAGCAGUUUGAGUCCACCAUUGGUUUUAAGCUGUUCAACCAUAGAGCUGCUAAGAGACUCUGGAAGGUGUGUGUGGAACAUCACUCCUUUUUCAGGCUAUUAUCACCAGAAGAAACUCCUAAGAAGUUCCUGACUCUGGGUUCAAAGUUUCGUUACAGCGGUCGGACUCAGAUUCAGAGUCGCAGAGCCAGUGCUCAGAUAUCCAGACCAGCACCGCAUUUCCCACGAUGUAUCAGCAAGAGGAGCAUGUUGAGCCGCAGUUUAGAUGGAGCUUCACAGACUGGACCUACCUCCUCUCCGAUUGUCUCUCAAGCCAUCACAGCUUCCCCAAAAGUCAAUGGUGGCACUCACACAGAUAUGGGUUCUGGGCUGUAUGGAGCAUCUAAAGCCAUCGCCAUCAGUGACCUCAUCACAACAGUAACACCUGAGAAGAGAAUGGAAGAGAGCAGUGAAGUUCAAGUUGAGGAGGUGCAGGAAGUGGAGAAUGUGAAUGAAAAGGAGCAAGAGGAGGAGGAAGAGGAAGAGGAAACCAAAGAAACAGAGAUUUCACAGCAGAGUACUCUCACUCCUCAGAAAAUAGACACCAAAACUGAGCUAACUGAUACUGCUGUGGACGAAGACCUGACAGCUACUGAGUCUGACCAAGAUGAAGAUUUGAAAACUCAGGGUAGUCCUGAGGAGAUGCAGAAACCUCAGAGCACCAUCAGCGCCCUCAGACGCUCCUUUUUAGAGGGAGGAGAAGGAGAAGGAGGAGGAAUGACAGAGUGGGAGAAGCGUCUGGCCUCGUCACCUCUCCGAAGGGUCGAUGACUCCCCAAUGAUUGAACCUCUGGAGCCCGAUGAGCUCACUGCUGACGAUGACAUCACAGAGGGACCACUGAUUGCCAUCCCUGAGGUAAAGACUCCGACUUCACCUUCGGACCUGCCAGCUGUUGACAACAGACAAAUGAUUAGUGUGGCUGAAGGUCUCGACUUCUGUGGGGCCAGAGUCUCUGUGAAGUCCUUCCCUGCCACCCCUACAUCCUCACUGGACAAGCUAAGCCCCAUCUCUGGCAGGAAAUCACCUUUCAUGGCAGCAGUGCCUAAACCUACAUUUGAUGAUAUGUCUCCUGAGCUGACAGCUCUGCUGAAAUCAGCCAGAGAGCAACAAACCUUCAGAGAACACGACCUGCUCAAGACUUCAGAGAAGGUGGAGACAAUAAUGCUGGUGACAGAGCCACAUGACGAGGACGAGGCAAUGGUGGACCAGCAAAAGGUAGCAAAAGAAAGUCAUGUGGGCAUGCCCUUUAGUAAUCUACCAGCCAACCCAGCAGGUGUUGAUGAUAGCACACAGCAAUGGGCCUGUGACAGUUUUAAUGAUGGUCGGGCUAAUAGUCCAACAAGUGAUGAUGAUGAUGAUGAUGAUAUUAGCUACGAGCCCAGCAGCCAGGCUAGCGAUGACAAUGCUAGUGAGAUUAGUGAGGAUGCCGUCAGUGUGCUGGUACAGGCAGCAGUGGAGGAGGCCAUCGAAGCUGCAGUCAGAGAGACUCAGGCCCCCAACGCUAAUGACACUAAUCAGGAUAACAUUAACAACAAGAUAGCAGUUAGCUUUUGUGAACAGGAGCAAGCUAGCUCUGUCCUGGACUCUCAAACACCUGGGACUCUGCAUUACACUGACAACGAAGACUCAGACGACUCACAGGAAGAUGAAGGAGGGUGGCAGUUUGAAGAAAACUCCCCUCCGCCCUCUUUACUCCAUCCCACAUCCAGGCACUUGGCCCAUCAGAUGCAACCAUCUGCCCACAGGGAUGACGAUGAGUUCAAACCACUACAGGAGAGCCAAGUAGAAUCUGAUACUCCUGCUGGUCUGCUGCUGAGCUCACACAGCUACACUACCGAGACCUCCAACACCACUACCACCACUCACAUCACCAAGAUGGCAAAAGGGGGGAUUUCUGAAACCAGAAUAGAAAAGAGGAUUGUGAUUUCUGGAGAUACAGAAGUUGACCACAACCAGGACUGAAUCUGGACACCCAAGGGGUUUAGUAUAGAGUGCAUUGCCAGAAACAAAACUGUUGGCUGCAGCAUCCACCGAGCAUGGAUGAACUGAUGAUUUGGACACACAUUCAUGCAUGGACACACAUAUAUACAGCAUCGCCUGCCUAUCUCACAGGGGGUGGAACCAAUGGCUGAGUUAGCAUUAGUUCGAUAGUGUGACUAGAUGAGUAGAUUUAACUGAAAGUUUCACAUGCAGCGCAGAGAUGGGAGAGAAAGACGUGUUUCCAUAGCAACAGACAACCUACACUGGACCUUCACUAUGAAUCAGCUUCUGAAGCAUUUACUUAUAUAAGCCUUCCCCCACACCUCAUUCCCCAACACUCUAAGGUGGGCAUCUGAUUGGCUAGCUGACUCAGGUGUGCUUGCUCCUCUAUUGUUGGGAGACAGCAGCUUUUCAAAACAUUUAGCCUGACAUCUGAAUGAUAGUGCUUCGAGCUUUACCUGUUGAGAAACUUGAUGCGUACUAUCACCAGCUGAUCAAAACAGUUUCCUGUCUAACAAGAAAAAACAGCUAAAACUCUGCUUUGAAUUUACCCAUAAUGCAAUAGUAAUGUGCCAUUCGCUAAACCUUCCACGAAAAUGACGAUGAAUCAUUCAUGUGUGUGUGUUUUUGAUUUCUGUAUCCAUUUAUUUAUUAAAUUACAAACUGAUCACAGCCCCUGA